CGGAAAUUUUUUUUUUUGUUUCUUAUGAAAAGAGGCGGUAGAAUGUAACGCCGUAAGCAGGUGCAUGCGCAUACUAGACCAUCAGCAAACUAAUUGUCUUGCGUCGCUCUACGCCUCAGCCGUAACGCUUAAAAAAGCAGAAAGGAGGCCAGUUGUAGACGAAGUGCCGACGGACCGAAAACAAAUAGAAAGUUAGAAAGAAGACGGCAAUAAAAUGCAUCGGCUCGCUUCGCUGUCUUGGUUCUUUGUCUAGCUCCUUUGCCUCUCUCAUAGUCUCAAGCAUAGAAAAGCCAUCGCCUUUAGUCCGUCUUUAGUCCGUCUUCAUGCUCAAAAAAAGCCAGACUCUCGGGCAGAGAGUGCAGAAUCAUUCGAAGCGCGUAACUCGAUAUAGCUUAUACGAGAUACUAUGAUUGGCGGGCUGAGUCAAAUAGAGUAAAAAUGUUCAUACCUCGUUUUCUUCCAUUGGUCUUCAAAUUGAAACUUACCAUUUAGAGUUCGAGCACAAUAGGAUAGAGAGCAAUUUUCUGCAGCAUUGUGACCUGACAACGAUUUCUAAGACCGGUUGCUGAGACACAGUCUAAGAAAGAUGGGGAAUCUCUUCUCGUAUUGCACAAAACCUCUUCGGGACGGGAUCCUCUCUCCUGGUCCGUCCAAUAGUCAUUUUCUGGACACAUGGUUGGUGAAAGUGGCACAACACGAAGACUUGAAGCCGAUAAAUUUUCAAAGUGGACGAGUAUGGAAGGAUUUCAACAUGGGAAAGACCGGUCUCUUAUGAAGGUGUAGCGCACGCAUAAGUAAAAUAUACGGUUGUAAUAUAUUCUGAGUACUGUACGACAUGAUACAUAUGUUGAUCAUUAGAUUUGGACUCUUUCGAGAUCGUCCUCUGGGGUCGAGCCCCACCCGUAACUUGGUAGAUCACACAUGGGACACCUGACGUACCAAGAUUAUAAGAUGACGAGGGUUCCACGGAUAAUAAAAGUAUUGAAGUCGUUUUGAUAAGGGGGCUUUUCCGUAUCAAAGUGAUUAAUCUUACAUUUUUUUCGUUUUCUCUCAUGUUGAGGACCCGAGUCCAGAGGCAUGGUAACUUGUGUGGACUCCUGGUGGCCUGUGCUAACGUGGCCAAAGUUCAGAGGCAUCGUCGCGAGGGUGCAGGUGAAAUCUGCACAGCUGUGUUCUGACGAAGUCGUUGCAGAAACAGAAAGAGAAGUAACGCUGCAUCCGUUCGCCAUAAAAUACUCUCAUGGUAAGCACUCGGAACCGUCGGGACCACGUUGGCGGGAAGUCGAUACUGGAGAUCCGGAAUUGAAAUUGGUUUGCAAGAAAGGAAAUGGGACUCAGGGCCGUUUGUACGUGAAGAGUACAAAGAAAGGAGAUCGGAGGGAAAGAGCAAUCGAAGGUACUUCUUAGUCCAACUAGCAUCUAAGUAUCUUCUCUCCUUUGUUUUCCAAAGUACUUUUCACAAGACCAAAAGCUACACAAAAAUGACUAUGAUCCACUCAUCUAGCAACGAUUUACACUGGGGAGUAGAUCUGAAAUUUCAAUACAACACGCACCUUUUCUUCGGAUACAGGUCCGGACGCCAAAGCGGCGGCAGCGUCUUUUCCGCAGGAAACUGUUCCCACGGGUGCCGCAGCAUCUUUUGCGCAGGAAACCGCGUUGCCGUUACAUGGCGUUGACGUGGGUUCUGGAGCUUCGGAUGAUGGCGCUGGUGCUCUUAAUGUGGCGGACGAUGUGUCUCCCGCCCAGCAACAACCUUCAUCUUCCACCGGUACUGAAGCAUCUCUCCUGCAGGAAGUUGCGACUGCUUUUGGCGGUGAUCUGGAUCCCGAAACUAUCACGGAUGCAGCAGAAAUGGCUGCGAUGGCUUCGAAGCAGAGCGAUGCAUCCUCAAAAGCAGCAGUGGCUGAGCAUGUGCCACUGCUGCCCCACAUGAGCACUGCAGGCAUUUUUGUCGUCUGUUCAGCCGUUUUGAUGUUGCUGUUUUUACUUGGCCGCCGCGUGCGAAACUCGUGCCGAGCCCAGCGUUGUGCCGCGGAUGCGGAGGGAAAUUAAGGGCGGGUCAUACUUGACAACUCACUAUACAUAGUUUUUCUCUUUGACAGAGAGUCGAACUUUAUGCAAAUAUUUGCUUUAGCUUUAGCAAGUGAUAUUCAGUCGCUUCCCAAAUGUAAGAAAUUGACCUCUAUUCCCUCCCAUGACUCUAUCGUAAUUGUUUUGUCUCUAACAAGCUGGUCCGACGCAGCAGCGCCAGGCGGUGGCAGACAAGGGCGUGGAGGAGUACGGCGCUCUACGCUCAUCCUUCUAGGCACUUUAGUCGGAGUAGAAAAGUGAGGUGGUGGGGAGUCUACGGGAGGAGAAGCGGGUUGGGGUGGGCUUUUUUGGUGGAGGGGAGUCGGAGGGGAGCGAGAAUCAAGCAGGGGCUUCAUCUUCUGACGCUUGUAUUUAUACAAGUAGGCAAGACUCAUAGGUAUCUGAUACGAUCUAAAAGACGGAGAGUAUCCUUAUUAGAUGCACAAUUCAUGUUCGUGAAAUGAUAGAUCUAGCGUUUGUAAUUACAGAUAUACAAGUAGGCUUUUCAUCUCUGAGUAGCGUAGAGGGGAUACAAAAGGCACACGUCAAUGCUACACAUGCAAAACAUCAAAGAGUUUGUUAGCAACACAUGCAUUAAGAAGGCAUUUACUUUGCAAGAAAGAAAUCUAUAAGCUCCUCAUGUACAAUCGUUUCAUGAAAUGGAGUGAGGUACUCUAGUAUCUGUAUACAUGCAGGUAUUGAAAAUUUACAACAUUCACACAGCACCUGACAAAUGUCGAAUUACAAGAUCUCCCACGCAUUAUCCACAGGAUUGAUUCUGGAUUACGUGAAACAACAACGAAAUAUAGAUGGCACACAGUUUAGUUACUAAAUUCCCAGUAGUAAGCUGGAAAUUAACUCGCUGGCGCGCAUCUAGUGGACCUGCCUGACGAAGUACUGUCAGACACCUAACCAUCCUACUAAGAUAGCCGAACAAGAAUAGAGUUAAGCACUUUCCAAUUUGUCCAAAUUUCAAAGAAGUCGACAACGGCUUAUUAAUUGAUUCACUCACUUACAACAAAAACAAAAUACAUCCUUGCUUACAAAAAAUACACUCUUGUCCGUUGAAGCCACUCAGUACUCGUUUCUUUGUUUCUUGGGGAAGUAGACGCUGUCUCUUCACAUAGAGGAGCUGUGUCGUAUGCAUAGUACUCGAAUCAUGGAUGGGCGUUUAGGCGACAUAUAAACUAAAACUUCUACUUACAUAUGCGACGAAGCUCACGCCACAGCGCUGGGUAUAGUUGCACAGUAGAGAAACCAAAGCCGCCAGGUCCUCGAGGAACUUGGAUAGCUACAUGUCGCCUAUCAUCUACGAGCAUUCUUGUUUCAUGUGCACAAGAAAAAGUGGGCUGUUAAGUAAGUACGUAAGAACUUCGUCUAACUCGUAGGCUUGUUUGUAAACCUGCGGCCUUCGAUCUACACUUCCUUCUUUCCGGCAGUUGAAAGGCGAACGCGCUUGCAAGGGGUUACAACAAAAAAAACUCGGAAAUACUCAGAUAAAUCGUAACCCCUUCUUGAGUUGAGUCGUCCUGCCGGGCAUAGUUAGCUUAGAUAGGUAUGAAAUCAAAACCAGUACGCAAACAGGGAAGUAAGUAUUUAUAGGAUUACGAAAUAAGGCAUUGAUCGUUAAGGAAUGUGAAUGGGAACAAAAUCAUCAUCAUCUUGAACAGCAUCACGCAAUCGCUCAGCCUGGAUUUGACAACCAAAACGGAACCAGUAUGAAAAGCAAGGGAUUAGUUACAACAUUAAUGCGCAGUAGUGUCGUCUCAGGUCUGAGGAGGAAAUGGAUGCUGUGCCAGUAAGUGCAUGAAUGGGCCAAGUGCAUGGGCUGAAACCUUCUAGGUUUGGGAAUCCCUGAGUGGUGGCUUUGUUGAAAUAGGCUGGAAGCGAAGCGCUUCAUCUGUGAUUGAGUAGAGGUAGACCAAAACAAAACUCAAGUUGCUAGGCGUUACGAAUCAACAAAACGAAUGUACUUACUACCAAAUAGAUGAAACUACAUUGCCUUCAGCACGUUGCUUGCGGACGAAUCUCGAC